UUUUUAGGGUAAAUUAUCCUAAUAAUCUUGAGAACUUUCUUUUUCAGUUCUGUAAAUUUUUCCAUGUUAAAACCAUUAUAUACCUAAUCAUGACAACCCUGCGGCCAUUUUGUUGUGAUGACAUGUUCAAAUUUAACCAUGUAAAUUUAGAUCCUUUAACAGAAACAUAUGGCUUGAGUUUCUAUUUGCAGUAUCUGGCCCAUUGGCCUGAGUAUUUUCAGGUGGCUGAGUCUCCAAGCAACACAAUAAUGGGAUACAUAAUGGGCAAAGCUGAAGGUGUUGGCGAGAACUGGCAUGGCCAUGUAACGGCUCUGGCAGUAGCACCCGAGUACAGGCGACUUGGACUUGCCAAUCAAUUAAUGGAGAUCCUAGAAGAUAUUUCUGAGAAGAAAUGCUGUUAUUUUGUUGACCUCUUCGUGCGCGUGAGCAAUGCCGUAGCUAUCAGCAUGUACAGCAACCUGGGCUACUGUGUCUACAGGACGGUUCUGCAGUAUUAUUCCGGCACUCCUGAGGAGGAUGCUUACGACAUGCGCAAAGCUCUGUCUCGAGACGUUCACCGUCGGUCAAUAGUGCCUCUCAAAGAUCCAGUGAGACCUGAAGAUCUUGACUGACUGUGGCAAGUUUGCGUAGAAGAGCCAUUUCUGUGCAGUUGCUUGUUGCUUGUAUGGACGGUCGUCGCUGCCUUGCUUUUCUAUGCUUUCUCGCACCAACACAUCAUGGCUAACCUGCUGAGGCUUGUUACAUAGUUGAGAUGCCUGCCGGAAAGUGUUAUUUUUUAGCUGUAAUUACGUUUGUCAGAGAUAUUCGUUACUAAGGAACGAACGGGUUGGCAUAUUAAUCUGCAAAGAACACAUCAUCAGUAAGCCAGGCUAAAUAUCUCUCAAUCAACUGUAGCCUUCGAAGGCGUUCUACUUCUAUGAAGUAUAAAUUGUGAAUCGCGACGUAACAAUAAUACUAGUUAAUUUAUCGUGAAGAAAACUAACUCAAUAUGCAGCUGCAUUUUUGAAAGCACACUAGGUAUUUCUUGUCUUUUUGUAAAUUGGCCUAGGUUUCGACGAAAUCCCUUUACAUCACUCAGCGUGUAAGUACCUACACUUAUAGUCACGAGAAUUUGAAAUUCAUCCCAGUUAGGAAUAAAAAUUGUUACUACAAUUCCUGUCAUUCUCGAUUUGAGUUUGUAAUAAAACAAUUUCUGCAGGAACAUC